UGGGGGUGCCCGCGGCCGAGAGCCCCGGCGGCGGCGGAGCGACAGCGAGGGACAGCAGCGCGGCAGGGCCGCCAAGCGCCCGGACGGGACAGCGGGGGACGGCGCCGCGCACAAGAGGCGGCGCGGGAGGCCCCGCAAGCGGCCGGGGGACAGCGCGAUGUCACCCGAGGACGCAGAGGUGGCCCGGGGGGAGGAGGGAGGGGACUCGCCCCCGGGGGCGUCACCCGGGGGUGGCAGUGCCACCGUGCCCGGUGGGGACAGAGGGGAGGCUGGCGGUGCUGCUGAGGAUGGUGGGGACAGCAUGGAGGUGGACAGUGACACAGUGACUGGUGGGGACAGCCUGGGCAGCGGCAGUGCCACUGUCCCCGUUAGUGACAGCUCAGUCAGUGGCAGUGCCACUGUGCCCGUUAGUGACAGCUCAGUCAAUGGCAGUGCCACUGUCCCCACUGGGGACAGCCUGGGCAGCGGCAGUGCCACUGUCCCCGUUAGUGACAGCUCAGUCAGUGGCAGUGCCACUAUGCCCGUUAGUGACAGCUCAGUCAAUGGCAGUGCCACUGUCCCCACUGGGGACAGCCUGGGCAGCGGCAGUGCCACUGUGCCCGUUAGUGACAGCUCAGUCAGUGUCAGUGCCCCUGUCCCCGUUAGUGACAGCUCAGUCAGUGUCAGUGCCACUGUCCCCGUUAGUGACAGCUCAGUCAGUGGCAGUGCCACUGUGCCCAAUGGGGACAGCUCGGUCAGUGGCAGUGCCACUGUGCCCAUUAGUGACAGCUCAGUCAGUGGCAGUGCCACUGUCCCCCUUGGUGACAGCGCAGUCAAUGGCAGUGCCACUGUCCCCCUUGGGGACAGCUUGGUCAGUGGCAGUGCCACUGUGCCCAAUGGGGACAGCUCAGUCAAUGGCAGUGCCACUGUGCCCACUGGGGACAGCUCGGUCAGUGUCAGUGCCACUGUCCCCGCUGGGGACGAUGUCCCCCUUGGGGACAGCUCAGUCAAUGGCAAUGCCACCAUCCCCCUUAGUGACAGCUCAGUCAGUGCCAGCGUCCUACUCAGUGACAGCCCGCUCAAUGGCAGUGCCACUGUCUCCCUUAGUGACAGUGCAGUCAAUGGCAGUGCCACUGUCCCCCUUGGGGACAGCUCGAUCAAUGGCACUGACACUGUUCCCCUUGGGGACAGCCUGGUCAGUGUCAGUGCCACUGUCCCCGCUGGGGACAAUGGUAGUGCCACCAUCCCUCUUAGUGACAGUGCAGUCAAUGGCAGUGCCACUAUCCCCAGUGGGGACAGCUUGGUCAAUGGCAGUGCCACUGUCCCCGCUGGGGACGAUGGCAGUGCCACUGUCUCCCUUAGUGACAGUGCAGUCAAUGGCAGUGCCACUGUCCCCGUUAAUGACAGCUCGGUCAAUGGCAGUGCCACUGUCCCCAAUGGGGACAGCCUGGUUGGGGGCAGUGCCACUGUCCCCCUUGGUGACAGCUUGGUCAGUGCCACUGUCCCCCUUGGGGACAGCUUGGUCAGUGCCACUGUCCCCCUUAGUGACAGCCUGAUCAGUGGCAGUGCCAGCGUCUCCCCUGGGGACAGCUCCAUCAGUGGCAGUGCCACCACUCCCCUCGGGGACAGCUCAGUCAGUGGCACUGCCACUGUCCCCCUUAGUGACAGCCCAGUCAGUGGCAGCAUCCCUGAUGGUGGCUCUAGUGGUGGUGGCAGUGCCACUGUCCCCCUUAGUGACAGCUCGGUCAGUGGCAGUGCCAGUGUCCCCCUUGGGGACAGCUCGGUCAGUGACAGUGCCAGCUCCCCCAGUGGUGGCUCUCCUGGUGGUGACAGUGCCACUGUCCCUGUCAGCGACAAGCCAGUCCCUGGCAGUGCCACCAGCCCUGUCAAGGACAGCUCACCCAAGGGCAGUGACACUGGGGACAGGCCUGUCACUGGCAGUGCCACCACAGAGGACAUGCCUGUCACCAGCAGUGCCACCGUCCCUGCUGAGGACAGCCCAGCAAGGGUCAGUGACACUGGGGACAGGCCAGUCACUGGCAGUGCCACCACUGGGGACAGGCCUGUCACCAGCAGUGCCACCGUCCCUAUCAGGGACAGCCCGUCCAGUGGCACUGGGGACAGGCCGGUCACCAGGAGUGCCACCAUUCUCAGCAGGGACAGCCCAGCUGGUGGCAGUGCCACUGUCCCUGUCAAGGCCAGUCCAUGCAGGGGCAGUGCCACCACUGGGGACAGGCCAGUCAGUGGUGCCACGGUCCCUGUCAGGGACAAGCCUGUCACUGGCAGUGCCACCGUCCCUAGGAGGGACAGCUCCCCCAGGGGCAGUGCCACUGUCCCCAGGCAGGACAGCAUCUCCAGGGCCAGUGCCACUGCGGACAGGCCGGCUACUAGAAGUGCCACUGUCCCCACAGCUGGUGGCAGUGCCACCGUCCCUGUCAAGGAAGGUCUGUCCAGGGGCAGUGCCACCACUCAGGACAGGCCAGUCAGGGGCAGUGCCACCCCUGGGGACAGCCUGUCUGGUGGCAGUGGCACUGCCCCUGUCAAGGACAGCUCACCCAGGGGCAGUGCCACCCCUGGGGACAGGCCAGGCAGGGGCAGUGCCACUGUCCCCAUCAGGGACAGGUCACCCAGAGAUAGUGGCACUGGGGACAGGCCGGUCACCAGGAGUGCCACUGUCCCUGUCAGGGACAGCCCAGCUGGUGGCAGUGGCACCACACCAGUCAAGGACAAUCGGGCCAGGGGCAGUGCCACCACGGGGGACAGCUCACCCAGGGCCAGUGCCACCGCAGGGGACAGGCCGGUCACCAGGAGUGCCACUGUCCCUGUCAGGGACAGCCCAGCUGGUGGCAGUGCCACUGUCCCUGUCAGGGACAGCUCAUCCAGGGGCAGUGCCACCACAGGGGACAGGCCAGUGAGGAGCAGUGCCACCACUGGGGACAGGUCAGCCAGUGGCAGUGCCACCAUCCCUGUCAGGGACAAGCCAGUCCGUGGCAGUGCCACUGUCCCUAGGAGGGACAGCUCACCCAGGGGCAGUGGCACUGGGGACAAACCGGUGAGUGGCAGUGCCACCAUCCCUGUCAGGGACAGCUCCUCCAGGAGCAGUGCCACCCCUGGGGACAGGCUGAGCAGGGCCAGUGCCACUGUCCCCACCAGGGACAGGUCACCCAGAGACAAUGGCAGCGGGGACAGGCCAGGCAGGGGCAGUGCCACCGGUGGGGACAGGCCAGGCAGGGGCAGUGCCACCAUGCCUGUCAGGGACAGGCCAGGCAGGGGCAGUGGCAGUGUCCCUGUCAGGGACAGGUCACCCAGAGACAGUGCCACCAGUGGGGACAGGCCAGUCCCCGGCAGUGGCACCAGUGGGGACAGGCCGGGCAGGGGCAGUGGCAGUGUCCCUGACGAGGACAGGCCAGGCAGGGGCAGUGGCACCAUCAGGGACAGGCUGGGCAGGGGCAGUGCCACUGUCCCCAUCAGGGACAGCUCAGACAGUGGCAGUGCCACCGUCCCUGUCAAGGACAGGUCAGCUAGAGCCAGUGGCACCACGGGGACAGGCCGGGCAGGGGCAGUGCCACCAUCCCUGUUAAGGACAGCUCAUCCAGGACCAGUGACACUGGGGACAGGCCAGUUAGUGGCAGGGCCAUCAUCCCUGUCAGGGACAGCGCAGCCAGGGGCAGUGCCACCCCUGGGGACAGGCUGGGCAGGGGCAGUGCUGCUGUCCCCAUCAGGGACAGUGCAGGCAAGGGCAGUGCCACCGCUGGGGACAGCACAUCCAGGGGCAGUGCCACCGCUGGGGACAGAUCAGUCAAGGGCAGUGCCACCGUCCCUGUCAGGGACAAGCCAGUGUCUGGCAGUGCCACCAUCCCUGUCAGGGACAGCUCACCAAGGGCCACUGCUGUUGGGGACAGGCUGGGCAGGGGCAGUGCCACCACUGGGGACAGGCCAGUGAGGAGCAGUGCCACCACUGGGGACAGGCCAGUGUCUGGCAGUGCCACCAUCCCUAUCAGGGACAGGUCACCAAGGGCCACUGCUGUUGGGGACAGGCCAGUGAGGAGCAGUGCCACCGCUGGGGACAGGCCAGGCAGGGGCAGUGCCACCAUCCCUGUCAGGGACAGGUCACCCAGAGACAGUGGCAGCGGGGACAGGCUGGGCAGGGGCAGUGCCACUGUCCCUGUCAGGGACAGGUCACCCAGAGACAGUGGCAGUGGGGACAGGCCAGGCAGGGGCAGUGCCACCGCUGGGGACAGGCCGGGCAGGGGCAGUGUCCCCAUCAGGGACAGGUCCCCCAGGGCCAGCGGCAGCGGGCUCAGGCUGGUCAGGGACAGUGCCACCAUGCCCGUGAGGGACAGUGCCACCGUCCCCAUGAGGGACAGUGCCACCAUGCCCGUGAGGGACAGUGCCACCGUCCCCAUGAGGGACAGUGCCACCAUGCCCGUGAGGGACAGUGCCACCGUCGCCAUGAGGGACAGUGCCACCAUGCCCAUGAGGGACAGUGCCACUGUCCCCAUGAGGGACAGGUCCCCCAGCGCCCCUGACCCUGGGGACAGGCCGGGCAGGAGCAGGGCCACUGUCCCUGCCAGGGACAGCCCAGCUGGGGGCAGUGGCACAGUCAGGGACAUGCCAGUCUCUGGCAGUGCCACUGUCCCCAUCGAGGACAGGGACAGCCCAUCCAGGGGCACUGCCACUGUCCCUGCUGGGGACAGGCUGGUCACUGGUACUGCCACUUUCCCUGCUGGGGACAGGCUGGUCACUGACAGUGGCACCGUUGGGGACAGGCUGGCCACUGACAGUGGCACCCCUCCUGGCAGGGACUGUCCCUCCAGGGACAGUGGCACUCCUGGGGACAGGCUGGUCCCUGGCAGUGCCACUGUCCCCGUCAGGGACAGCCUAUCCAGGGGCACUGCCACCAUCGUGGACACGCCUGUCACCGGCAGUGCCACCGUCCCUGUGGGUGACAGCCCCUUCUGGGCCCGUGGCACCGCUGGGGACAGCGCGGGGGGCGGCAGUGCCACCCUCCCCGUCAGGGACUGCCCCUCGCGGGGCACCGCCGCCAUCGUGGACGCGCUGGUGACCCUGAGUGGCACCGUGGUGGACAGGAGGAUCCUGGGCAGUGUCACCGUCCCCGUCAGGGCCAGCCUGGCCCGGGGCACUGCCACCAUCGUGGACACGCCCGUCUUUGUCAGCGCCACCGUCCUCGUUGGGGACUCCAUCCCCAGGGUCACCGCCACCAUCGUGGAGUCCAGGGUGCCCGGCCAUGCCAUCCUGCCCCUCGGGGACACGCUGGCCUGUGGCACUGCCACCGUCCCUGUCAGGGAGUGCCCGUCCGGGGACGGUGCCACCGUCCCUGUGAGUGAGAGCCCGUCUGGGGACAGCGCCACCGUCCCUGGUGGGGACGGGCCGGGCAGGGACAGUGCCACCGUCCCCGCCAAGGAGUGCCCAUCCAGGGACGGUGGCACCCUCCCUGUUGGGGCUGGGUCAGUGGGUGGCAGUGCCACCAUCCCUGUCAGGGAGUGCCCGUCCAGGGGCAGUGCCACCCUUGGGGACAGCAGGCACGUCACUGCCAGUCCCCCCAGCAUGGACACACCGGUCGGUGGCAGUGCCACCAUCCCUGUCAGAGACUGCCCAUCCAGGAGCAGUGCCACCCCUGGGGACAGGCCCGUCCCUCCUGUCCGUGUCAGUGUCAUCAGGGAUGGCAGGACGGGCACCAGAGUGGCACCGGCAGCCCUGGCACAGCGGGGUCACAGCCGGGCCGGGUCCCCCCUCGGGGACACGCAGGGACACACGAGGGCGGGCACAGGGAUGGGGUCCCCUGCGUCACACCAGUAAAAACCAGUAAAAACCAGUAAAAACCAAU